CGUGCAGGGCGUAGUGCGCAGAGAUUAGUCGUGCACCGACAGCCCAGAGAGCCAGUGACACCCUGCCGCGGCUUUGAUUGGAGUCUCCGAGCGCCGAACCAGUGAUCAACACAUCAACCCACCGUACCGUCUCGCGUUCAAGCGAACAUGGUGGCCGCCCUGUGCGUCCUGCUGGUGGCGGUGCUGGGGCACGCCCACCACGCCCUGGCCACCGACAUCGCCGUCGGAGGCUGCCACGACAAGGAGGUGGUGCAGAACUUUGACGUCCAGAGGUACUCGGGCUUGUGGUACGAGAUUUCCCGCUACUGGCAGUUUUUCGAGCUGAACGGCAAGUGCGUGACCGCCGAGUACACCUUCAACGCCACCAGCGGCAGGGUGGGCGUCAAGAACAGCAUGGUGGAUGCCACCUCUCUGCAAGCCAAGUCCAUCGAGGGCUUCGCGGAGCUCGCCGACCCGUCCGCCAGCCCUGCCGUCGGCAAGCUCACAGUCACGUUCAAAAUACCAGUGGUGGGCGACCAGCGCGCGCCCUACUGGGUGCUGGACACCGACUACGUCAACUACGCCGUCGUGUACUCGUGCAACAACAUCUUUUUCGGCGCGCUGCGAGUCGAGUCAGCCUGGGUCUUGAGCAGAACACCCCACGUCACGGACCCUGCCGUCCAGCGGGCCAUCGAAGCCGCUAUCGCCAAGGCGGACCUCAAGCCGAGCAGCUUGCUGAAGACAGAGCAAGACUGCCCCCCAUCAACGACCGCGCAAUAGAAGCCAUGUGUUGUUUCUCUCUCUCGCUCCAUCCCUGUCACAGCCUGCAGACGACACGCUAAGUGUUAUUGGUUUAAAAAUAAAAAAAAAGAAGUGUA